AUGAAGAUGGAGAAAUACCCGAGAGAUCUGUUAGAGAGACUCUUUGUUUCAAGUGGUGGAAGUGAUAACAAUAAUCAUAACCCAACAACAACAACAAGAACAUCAGAACAACAUCAUCGUCAACAGUAUCAUCAAUAUCUUCGUGAGAACCAGCAUGGUGAACAAGAGGAGGAGGAAGAAGAUGAUGAAGAUGAAGGGAUUGAACUGAAUCUUGGUCUUUCUUUAGGAGGUAGAUUUGGUGUGGACAAGCAUGCCAAGAAUAAGAAGCUUAUUCGAUCUUCUUCCGUGGUUGGAACAAUGCCUUUGCUCCGGGAAGAUAUUGCGGCGGCGGCCGGAGUGGCUUCGCCAACUCCGGCGUAUCCGACUCUCGUGAGAGCUUCGUCGUUACCGACGGAGACGGAAGAGGAGUGGCGGAAGAGGAAGGAAUUGCAGACGCUGCGGAGGAUGGAGGCUAAGAGACGGAGGUCAGAGAAGCAGAGAGUUUCCCUUUCCGUUUCCAAGUCUGAGAAAGAUUCCAUUUCCACCGUGGCACCUACAGGUGGUGGUGGUGGUGGUGGUUGUUCAGAGGAAGUAGAGGGUGCUAAUGCUGGUGCUGGUGCAACAAUGGUGUUGAACAGAUCAACAGUUGCUGCUACUAUGCCACCUUUUGGAUUACCGAAUUGGGCUGUUGCAUCAAAGCAAGUUGUUCUUGGUGAUAUGUUAGGGAAAGGGAAAAUUGGGGUUGGUUUUCAAGGAUUGAUGUUUGCACAACCAUCUUCUCAAGGUUCAGUAGAAUCACAAGGUGGAAGUUCUUCAUCAGUGUCUGAAAUGGAUAGCAAACCUUUUCUAGGAUCAAGCAGUUGUGGUGAAACAAGAAGCCCGGCUAGUAAUCAAUCCUUACAGGAAAGAAGCAACCAGGACUCCGUCGGUUCAUCAGGAGUGCCAAAGCCGAAAGAGAAUUUAACUAGAACAAGUUCGAGAUCCGAGGUAAUGGAGAAUGCAUCUAGAAAACCUCAUCCUACUCAAAAUAUUGGGAAGGAAAUUGGAACAAACUCAAUGGAAGACAUGCCUUGUGUAUUUACGAAAGGGUGUGGUCCUAAUGGAAGAAGAAUUGAGGGAAUCUUAUAUAAAUAUGGCAAAGGGGAAGAAGUGAGGAUAAUGUGUGUGUGCCAUGGAAACUUUCUGUCUCCAGCUGAGUUUGUUAAGCAUGCUGGUGGUGAAGAUGUUGCUCACCCUCUUAGACAUAUUGUUGUUAACCCUUCUCCUGCUCCCUUUUUGUGA